AUGAGUAAUUUGGAAAAGGUAGCAUAUGAGCAGCUGGUAGAGGAACUAAAAAAUAAAUACCUGUUUUUUAAAAAAUACAAUAAUGAUUUUUUUUAUAAUCAAACAGAAAAUGAUGAAUCAUUAAAACCAUGUUGUGACACACAUAAGAGAAGCAACAAAGAUAAAGAUGGCGAUGACGACAUGAAAAAAUAUACCAACCUGCUAGUGGAAGAAAUGGAUAAAUCUUUUUGUACGUUAGAAAAAAAUAAUACAAUAAGUUCUUUAUGUAAUACCUUUUUAAAAAGUUACAAAUCUCACACUAAUAGUUACUAUGACUAUAUUAAUCAAAAUUAUAUGAGCUCAGAUGUUUAUCAAACAAAUAUGGAAAACUAUAUACAACGUAAAUCAGACAAGCUACCUACCCAGUGCUCUAAAAAUUUACAAAAAAAUUUUCAAACAAUUUCGGAUCACGAAGAAAAAAAUAUAGAGACCAUACAAGAACAAAUAAAAAAGAGAACUGUGGAAAAGGACAGAAAAAAUAAAGUAAAACAUAAAGCUAUAUGUAAAAUAAAAAAAAUUAAAAAAAAUAAUGAUACUGAAAAUAUUGAAAAAUAUCCAGAAGAAAAAAAUGAAAUACAAUAUUUCAUUCAACAUAAAAUAAAAAAUAAUGUAGAUAUAGGAUUUUCUGAUAUUUCUUAUAUCCCAUUUAUUAAAAAAUGUUUUUAUAUAAACUAUGGAUGUGUCAAUAUGAAUAUAUUCAAAAAAAAAAUACACACAGUUUUUAUGAUUGAUAAUUAUGUAAAACAAAAUAAUAAUAAAAAUACACCAAAAUAUAAAAGAAUAAUAGCAUUUGAAAAUUUUGGAAAACGAUUAUUUUUAAAAAAUAUAAAACCACAUUCAAUUGUAAAAGGAUGGAUAUAUAAAUAUGAUGUAACAUGUAAAUGUUUUUUUGUUAAACUUUUUUCAAUUCAAAAUGGAAAUCAUAUAGACAAUAAUUACCCAAAUCAUAUAUCUAAAAAUGAUAAAAAAAAAGAAUAUUUUAUAAAAAGUUAUCGAAAAAAAAAAGACAAUAAUAAUGAUAUAACCCAGUUUGAUGAAUUAAAUAAAAAUGUUGAAAAUUCACAAACACACCAUUUAAUAAAAUCCGAAUUUAAAAAUGCAAAAAGAGAAAUCAUUGCAUGUCUUCCUUUUGAUUUUAUCAAUAACUAUGAGUUUGUUAAUAAUUUAGAUACCCAAGGUCUAAACUUAGAUCAACAUUUUAAAAACUUUCUAGGUAUGAAUAUAUAUGCCCAAAUUUUUAACGACUCCAAAUAUAUAGAGUCAAAUUUUAAUCACAUACUAUAUAAAUAUGACUUUGAUUUUUUUAUUACAUUUAAUUGUAAUAACCAUAUAUGUAAUGACAAAAUCGGGUUUGCAUUUAAGGAAGUACCUACGGAUAUUUUGAAAAAUGAAACUAUCAUUAGUAAUAAUUCAAAAGGGUGUAAUAAAUUUUUAAUGACCAUUUUUAAUUUUUUACUUUUUUCCAGUAAACAAUUUUUAAAUAAUGAAAAUAUAAUAUAUAAAGAAAAAUAUUUCUUACUAGAUCUAUCACAUAUACCAUCAUUAAUACAUUUUAAUCUUAGAAAUAACUUAUUUAAAAUAGAUAUUGGAUAUACUAUAACUCAAAAACAAAAUCUAUUUUGGUCGAACACCACUUUUAUCGAAGCAUUUGAAAUAUAUAAAAAUAAUAGUGAAUAUUAUAAAUUUUUAAAAAAUUAUUUCUACCUAGAUUAUAAUAAAACACAUUUUACUUGUAUUUAUGAUUAUCGAGUAAAUAAAUUUACAACUGAAACAAACAAACAUUUAGGAAAAAAAACAACCAAUUUGAAAAAAAACAAACAUGAUAACUCCAAUAAUAGUCCACAGAUCCACAAAAAAAAAAAAAAAAAAAAUAACGACCACAAUGAAAAUAGUAACAGUAACCGAAGUAACAUAACAAGCAUCUCACCACCCCCUAAUGCUGAACAAUCCAUUAUUUCUAAAGUCAAAUUUUUAAACCCCAACUUAUAUAAAACAAAAUGGGUAUACGAUUUCUUUGAGUGCAUUAAAUUAAGUAUUAAUCUGAAUAAUAAUAAUGUUCUAGCAAAUUUUUUACUUAGCUUAGUUCUUUUUGAAUUAAGUUGUUAUUCAGAGUCUUUCCUUUUUCUAUUUAGGAUUUUUAAAAUAAAAAAAAUAUUUAUAGAUAGUUAUAAAUUAAAAAAUAUUGUAUGUACAAUUUUUAUCAACCAAUUAAACAACCCUAUUGAUAAAGAUAUAUUAUGGGAUAAUAUUAUCAAUUUUAAACAAUACGACUUAUUUAAUAUGAAAGAAGAUACCUCAGAAGAAUAUUGCAAAAAUGUAUUUAAAAGAAAUCAAAACAUAGUAAAUAUUCUCAAUAAUAUUAAGUUAAAAUAA